AUGGGCUUUGCCGAAAAAAAAAAGUUUGCCGAGUGCGGGAUCCGGGGGCACUCGUCAAACACCGGACCAGGUAACUUAGCCGUGGCCACACGCCCUCCCGUGCCAUUGCACGCGCAUCCGGCCGCUCCCUCGCCUCCGCCACAGCACGUCUGGCCACCGCCUGCGCGCCCCCGUUCCCUCGCCUCCGCCCACCAGUGGCGUCCCCGGCCAAGCCCGCAUUCUCCCUCGCGCCCGCCCGAAGCCGGCGCCCCCACUCCCUCGCGCCCACCGGCCUGGCGGCGCCCCUGGCCACGGACGACUCCCUCAUCUGGAGCAAGCUGCCUCGGUGUCUGGAGCAAGCUGCCUCGGCGUCGGUGGCGGCGGCGGCGGCGUAGGUCGAGCCGUAGACGGCGGCGGCAGGCGAGCGGCGUGCGGCCGAGGGAAAUUUCCCCAGAAAGGAUAUUUUAUAUAUUUGGAUGGAUUAUUCUGUGCGCCGAGCUGAUUGGCGAAUCGAAAUCUGUUGGCAUUAACGCAACUCAGGAGUGCAGGAAGAAGCUAGAUCGACACCGGAUGGAGGUGAUGUUUCAGUGGAUGCAAAAUCUUGGCGCGAGUAUGGGUCAACCUCCUCCACCUGAGCUACUUGCUCCAUUGCCUCCUCCUGAAGGCACUCCUAAUCAAUCGGCGGCUUCAAAUAAUAUGCCUCAUUAGCCACCACAUCAGCUGGGGUGGCCAGCUUGGCAGUGAAUAGUCAUGCUUAUUGUGAUGAUGCUUAUGUACUUGGAGACUUAGAUUUGCAUUAGUGGUUCACUUGUGCUUGGACUUAGAAUAUUUGGUUAACUUGGUGAUGCACUUAGAUUGUUUGGUUCACUUGGUGAUACACUUAUUGCACUUUUGCUUAUAUGUGAUGUGUGAUAAAUGUGAUAUAUGUGUCACAAAUGUGAUAUAUGUGUGAUAUC